GGGCACUGGAACAGGCUGCCCAGAAAGGUUAUGGAGUCCCCUCUGGAGGCAUUCAAAACCCAUGUGUUCCUGUGUGACCAGCUCUAGGUUGUCCUCCUGAUAUGUCUGCUUGGUUUCCUGAGUGCAGAGGUGGACUGUUUUUGUGCUUGAGGGUGCUCUCCUCAGAGAAGAAUCAACUUUACUGGUAUUCUUUUUCCUUCAGAGCUUACUCCCAUAGUAUUCUACCUUCUGGUUCCCUGAACAACCCCAAGUCUGCUCUCCUGAAGCUCAGGAUCUGUCCUCUGCUACUCACCUUCCUGCCUCACCCUCCUCAGUAACAUGACUCCAUUAUUUCAUGGUCACUACAACAACACCCACUGUCCAUCCAUCCAACUUGGUGCAUUCAAUACUGUGUAACACAAAGUUAACCUUGACACCCUUCAGCAAUCUCCUGGAUGGCUGGUGUCCAGACACAUUAAAGUUCCCAAUGAAGAUGGGGGUCUGUGACACAGAGACUUCUUCAGGAGAGAAAGCUCAGUGUACUUCCUUACCCCUGGUCAGGGGUCUGUAGGACAUCCCACCAGAGCGUCAUGCUUAGCAACUUCUUCUCCAGCCCUGACCCACAAGCUCUUACCCAAGCCUGACCCCAUGCAUCUGAGCUGUUCUUCAUGUGGAAGGCAGGUCCCUUUCUCCUCUUCCCUGCCUGUCUCUCCUGAAGGUCUUAACUCCAUCCAUCAUAGCACUCCAGUUGUGUAAGCUUUCUCACCACAAGAAAGCCCUAGAGGCUAGGGAUCUGAAGAGGGCUGGCUGUACUGGGAUCAAAGUGGGAAUUAUGCUGAACACUUCUAGAAAGCAUGUCAGUAUUCCGUGAAACCUCACCAGCACCAUCCGUUCAGUGACAGACAGGACGAUGCUGAUGUGCCACACUUCAUCUUGAACCACUCAGCCUUCAAACGGUAGCAGCUGGAGCAGCCCUAUGAAAUACAGUCACAAUGCCUGAACAUGAAGAGCCAACCACUGGAGGAAAUGAUGGCAGUGAUGUUGACAAUGAAGAAGGCAGUGCAGUUGAGAAUGAAGAAAAUCUCAAAGGAACAGAUAAAGGACGAAAGAGAGCAAAAGCAAGACCUAGAAGGGGACAUGCCAGAGGAAAAACCAGGCAUGGUGGUGAGGAGGACGAGGGUGAGGAUGAUGAAGAUGAGGCCAGGAGAGCUGGGCAACGCAGGCACAGAAACCGUAGACGAGGACGAGCAGCUGGAAAUGAGGGCAGUGAUUCUGAUGUGGACCCUGGAAAAGACAGGAAGAACCAGGCAAAUAAAAAAUCCAAGGAAGAUGGCGAAGAGGAGGAAGAUGAGAAACCUGGUAAAAGUGGGAAAGAUAAAAAUGAAAAGAAACAAGAAAAAAAGUCUGAUAAGAAAGGAAAAAAAGAGAAGGCCAACAAAAAGAAAAAAGACAAAAAGAAAUCAGGAUCUGGCUCCGAUUCUGACUCUGAGGAGGAGCCGAUUACAGAGGAGGAGCUGGCUAAACUGAAGGAAGAGGUAGAAGAAAAAAAGAAACUAAUUGCCACACUACGAAACAAGCCAUGGAAGAUGAAAAAGAAGCUGUCUGUCUUGAAGGAAGCUCAAGUUUUUGUGGACAAGUUUGAAGGUGCUCUUGGAAAAGGAAAAGGAAAAAAAUUCUAUGCAUACAAAGUGAUGAUGACCAAGAAAUGGAUGAAAUUUCAAAGAGAUUUUGAGAAUUUUAAGACAGCCUGCAUACCCUGGGAAAUGAAAAUUAAGGAGAUUGAAAGUCACUUUGGCUCAUCAGUGGCAUCUUAUUUCAUAUUCUUGCGUUGGAUGUAUGGAGUAAACAUGAUUCUCUUUGGCCUGACCUUUGGACUUGUAAUGGUGCCUGAGGCUUUGAUGGGAAAGCCAUAUGGCUCUUUACCUAGAAAAACUGUCCCAAGAGCUGAAGAAGCAACUGCUAUGAACUUUGCUACUCUCUGGGAUUUUAGCGGCUUUGCACAGUAUUCUGUACUCUUCUAUGGUUAUUACAAUAACCAGAGGACAAUUGGAUGGCUCAAGUUCAGGAUGCCUCUUUCAUACUUCCUUGUUGGAGUUGGAACUAUCGGCUACAGCUUUAUGAUUGUAAUUCGAACAAUGGCAAAGAAUGUAAAUGAUGAUGGUGGUGGUGAUGAUACUAGUUUUAAUUUCAGCUGGAAAAUGUUCACAAGCUGGGACUACCUGAUUGGCAAUCCUGAGACAGCAGAUAACAAGUUUGCUUCCAUCACAACAAGCUUUAAGGAGGCAAUUUUGGAGGAGCAGGAGAGCCGAAAAGAGGAAAAUAUUCACUUGACCCGAUUCCUGAGGGUUCUUGCUAACUUCUUAGCCCUAUGCACACUUGCUGGGAGUGGCUACCUCAUCUUUUUUGUCGUCAGAAGAUCUCAGAAAUUUGCCCUGGAAGGUCUGGAGAACUACGGGUGGUGGGAAAGAAAUGAAGUGAACAUGGUUAUGUCACUUUUAGGAAUGUUCUGCCCAACUUUAUUUGAUGUAAUUAGUUCUCUGGAAAACUACCACCCUCGCAUAGCUCUAAGAUGGCAGCUGGGACGAAUCUUUGCUCUUUUUCUUGGCAAUCUCUACACUUUCAUUAUUGCCCUAAUGGAUGAAAUCAAUCUCAAGUUGGAAGAAGAAAAGAUAGUCAAGUAUAACAUGACAAUAUGGGAAGCCAGUCUGUAUAAUGGUACUAUUCCAGAAAAUUCAACUGCUCCUCCAAUACAAGUGGAUCCCGCAGAUGUCCCCAGAGGGCCAUGUUGGGAAACAAUGGUAGGACAGGAAUUUGUGCGGCUGACAGUCUCUGACACGAUGACAACAUACAUCACAAUUCUAAUUGGUGAUUUCUUGAGAGCUGUCUUUGUUAGAUUUUUCAAUUACUGCUGGUGCUGGGACUUGGAGUAUGGAUUUCCAUCAUAUUCUGAGUUCGAUAUAAGUGGAAACGUGCUGGGAUUGAUCUUUAACCAGGGCAUGAUCUGGAUGGGAUCUUUUUAUGCUCCGUGUCUCCCAGCGAUCAAUGUGUUCCGUCUCCACACUUCCAUGUACCUGCAGUGCUGGGCAGUGAUGUGCUGCAAUGUCCCCCAAGAGAGGGUCUUCAAGGCUUCCAGAUCCAAUAACUUCUACAUGGCCAUGCUGCUUUUCAUUCUCUUUCUCUCCACUCUGCCUGCUGUGUAUACCAUUGUCUCCAUCCCACCAUCUUUUGACUGUGGUCCUUUCAGUGGGAAGACUAGAAUGUUUGAAGUAAUAUCAGAAACUCUGGAGCAUGAUUUCCCGUCCUGGUUUGGGAAAGUAUUUGGCUAUGCCUCUAACCCUGGACUCGUCCUACCUUUUAUAUUGCUGAUGGUCCUGAGUAUUUAUUAUCUCAAUGCUACAUCCAAAUCGUACAAGGAAUCUAACUUGGAACUGAAGAAGAAGCUACAAAGUCAAGCAGAAGAAAAUAAAAGAAGAAAUAAACAAAGGGCACAAAAGUCAAAUGAACAAGAGGAAAAUCCAUUUGAGACAGAAGCAUCGCAGCCAAAGGAAAAAGGAGCCAAGCAAGAUGAAUCCACACCAAACCAAAACAAGAAAGGACAGAAUGGUAAGGAGGAAAAGAAGACAGGCCAGCCUCAAGAAACCAGCUCCUCUCAGGCACUCCAGCAUCCAGGUCCUGCCCUGAAUGGCCACUAUCCCCCACAAAGCAGAGGAGGAAACCUUCCUCCCCCCUCCAUAGCUGUGACGAGGCCACCGGGGCCCAGAGGUUAUGGAGGACCAGGCUAUGCACCCGGAAAUCCACGCUUCCCGGGGCCACAACCAGGAGUUCCCAGGGGCCCUCCCAACUACAGAUAAAGUGCCUCAGGCACAUUGUGAUCUGAUGAAGGUUGCCGAUGGACAGAAGAAUGGUCCUAACCCCACAUACACUCCUGCAAGUGCAAAACCCUGCUGUGUGCAUUGUAAAUCUUCAAGUGCAUAGAAGUUACCCACGGGCUUCAGUUUUUGCAGGAUGGGAGGCUUAGGAAAAAACCCCACUGCAUAUGUCUUAUUGCAUUUAGAAGCAUUGCAAAAAUGAGUUACCUGUGUCAAUAGGUUACUAAACUUAGGGAUAUUUAUCAGAAGAUUAUUAUUAGAAGAAUGAAAAACAUUUUGCAUUCAGUUGAUUAUUUUCUUAGAAGCUUGAAAUUGUGUCCAUAACAUCUUUUCCUGUUUCUUAGAAGCACAGUAAACUGCAAACACAGCUUUGUAUAAACUCUGUGAGAGUCAGUUCUAUUUAUACACUGUAUAUUGCUCAUUUUCUGCAGAUCAGAUAUGCUUCCCCAAAAAUUUCAGAUUGUACAUGGGAAAAUUAGGAUAUUUUCAAAAGCUGGAUGUUUCCCUCUAAAGUAUUUGUGAAAGUACUACAAAGGUAAAAGAAAAGCAAUAUUCUGCCUAUUGCUAUGAAGAAAAUUUAACUUACUGUUGUGGAAGCCCCAUCCCUGGAGGUGUUCAAGACCAGGUUGGAUGGGGCUCUGAGCAACCUGAUCUAGUGGAAGAUAUCCCUGCCCAUGCAGGGGGUUGGAACUAGAUUAUUUUUAAUGUCCCUUCCAACUCAAACCAUUCUGUGUUUCUAUGAUUAUAGCACUGUUUUUAGCAAAUAAUGUUUUUAUCAUGUUCUGAAAGAUUAAAAUUAAAAAAAAAAAAAAAGGUGAAGAAAUGUCUCCUGUGCAGAAAAACAUAUUUGAAAAACAAAGGUAAGACAGUUAUGCAAUAAUUUCCUCCAAAUAUUCACCAGGAUUGUUAUGCCACAGAGACACUUAUUAUUGCAUAAGAAUAUGUGCUGUAUAAUCUGCUCUGUGGGUUUAUGAUUGUAUACUUGUACUGCCCUCUUUACAGUCCAUGGUGGAACAGGCUCUUAGUCUGAUAGGUCUUGUGGAAAUACAGGAUACAUGCAAGACCAUAAGUGAGCUCAUGUUGAUUAUUCUACUGAGACAGCUUUAUAUUUAUGUUCUGAUUCUAUUUCCUAGUCCAGAAUUUGGGCUUUGGUAAUUAUUUUAAGGGUCACAAGAUUAAUUACAACAAAAUUAGUCAACUGACUGUCUUCUAAAAAAUAAAUGCAGUUCCACUGGGGGCCUUCAGUAUCAUACAAGUCCAUUUUGUACAGUUGAAAAACAGUAACUCUAUCUCAGUAUUUCACAAGUCUGUGAUAUCACAAAACAACUUCCAUAUAAUGAAACUGUGGAACAUAUUGAAAAAACCUUACAAACCCCCCCAACAUAUUAUCCCCAUAAAACAUUAUUAUCCAGAUUCAAUUUCCAGCUCAAAUAAACCCAGGGAAAGUUCACUUUAUGCUUGUUCACUUUAUGCUUGACUCUUGUACUGCCUCCAUAAGUGUCUACUAUGACCUUGAGAUAACAUAUUACGUCAAUCAGACCUUUAGUGAGCACCAGCACGGCUGUUCUGUAUGUAAACACCAAGCACUGACAACAAAAUAAAGAAAUAAGUGUAUUGCAAUAACUACAAAGGAGAGUCUUUUCUAGCAAACAGACUGGAAAUGCAUUGUUACUUAGGGAAAGGACAAAUGGGUUAGGACUGGAUCCCAAGACAUGUCUGCUUCUGGAGUGCAGCAAGUUUGUAAUUUAAGUUAGAGGAAGUACAACUAAGUGCAAUGUGAGCGAUUUCAUCUUCCUCAGAUAAGAUUUCUGAUUUGUGGACUUCAGACACAUGGAAAAAGUACAGUAAUUCCAACUGUCUUAAUUUGAAAUCUUCUAACAUGAUUAAUUUUUAAACUGCAUAUGUUGUUAGUGCAGGAACUUAGAAGGUUGCCAGUCAUCUUACUGAACUAGGCAUGGGCUCCAGGGUUUUAGGGCUUUCUUGCUUUUGAGACAAACUUCUUCCUACAAGCUGAUAUUGGUCUGUCAUCAGACACUGAUUUGCAUGGAGGUUUUAGUUCACUGUUUGUU